AUGUGUCACAUAAAUUUAGCACAGUCUAUUGGCAAUGGUUUAAGCACCGGAGAUGUGGCCAUCAGCAAUGGUGAUACAACUGGUUUUUUGUUAAAUUCAAAUCAAAUUGGUGGAAACGUACCUACGAUUAAUAACAUGGACAACCUGGGACUCGGAAGUGGACUUCUAUCAUUUCAGAACAGCGCUCCGGAACCAUUGACCGAUCCAAAUAAUAUUAGCGAUUUGAAUAGAUCUUCUAGAGGAACGCUUUUCGGUGGAAUCGGCAACCAAUUUCCAUUUCAGUCCAGUUUCAUGAACAGUCCGGCAAAUCAAAUUUCUAACAGUAUAUCAGGCUUCAAAGGAUUCCCUAACAGCUUUGGAACUGGUACGGCGGUAUCAGGAUUCUCGAAUUGCUUAAGUAACGGCCUGACUAAUAGAGCAGCUAUUGAUGGAAACAUCAGAUCAGUGAGAGGUGCGGGCAUCGAUAAUUUGAUUAAUCAAGCAGGAUUAAUCGGAAAUCCAUUUACAGGAACUGCUGGAACUUUUGGAAAUACCGUAGCGAAUCCAGCUUUUUUAACGAACCCAUUACCGUCUGCUCCCACUGGUAAUUCGAAUAUUAUUCUUAACAAUCCCGGGUUCUCGACGACUUCAUUAGACUUGUCGAAUCAGAAUGCUUUUAAUGGAAUAGCGAAUAGUGUAACAGCGGCGUCUUUAAACAACAUGAUUAACCCGGCAAAUAGCUUAACGGUCGGUCCACUAGCAAAUUCCAACUCAGUAAACAACGCUUUCGCUGGAACAAACUUACCUAAUUAUAGCAACCUUGACUUAGCUAAUCACAAGAAAACGCUAGCUACUUUGACUGGCCUAAAUCCGUCUAACCUGGGUACCGUUUCGAAAUUAGCUGUAACUAGUAGCACAGCUCUAUCGCCGACUGGACUGUCGAUAUUAGCUGAAAAUUUAAUGAUGGACGGCAGUGUUUCGGUAACUGGAAAGAUGCCGUUCGUUGGAACGGUGAAUGUUGAGGGUACCAUACCUGACAACGGCAUUGGCACUGUCUUGUACGAGUGUGGCACCGGCAAUGUUGGCAUAAUUAGCGAUGACCGCGGUCUGAUCGGGCAAAAUAACUUUGGCGCGGGCAGACCAUUCAACAAUGGUGUCGGUGGCAAUCUACUCGGCUUCAAUAACAGAGGAUUUGCGAGAAAUAAUUAAUUUAUGUUUUAGUUUA